CAUUCUCACCCGAGACUUUCCACUUAUUUACCGAAAAAACCAGCCAUUGAGCCUGAAAUCCGUCGGCCACCGCCGCACAACCCCUCGCCGGGGGUAGUGCGUCGCAUCCACGCGCCGCCGUAUAAUUCUCUACUGAAGCAACACUCGUGGUCGCCGGAUCUCAUCCGCGAGGAAGCUUGGUCAAAGCGUCGGGAUACCUCCCGCCGCCGCCGCGGGAAAAGCUUGACGGACGACGACCUCGACGAGCUCAAAGCCAGCUUCGAACUCGGAUUCGGAUUCGGAUCCCCCGAGAUCGCCGAUCCGAGAUUGUCGAACACGCUUCCCGCCUUGGAGCUUUACUUCGCCGUUCAGAAAAGCUACAACGACGCCGUUUCUAACAAAUCCACAACUUCGUCUUCUUCGCUCUCCGACGGCGAUACCAGUCCCCACACCGUAUAUCGAACCAGCGAUGAUCCGCAGACGGUGAAGACGAAGCUGAAGCAGUGGGCGAGAGUGGUGGCGUGCACCGUUAACCAAUCGCCUCCGAGAUGAAAAAAUUGACGGCGUUAAUUUAAACGACUGUUAAAACGAAAUUGAAACGGCCAAACUGUAGAUUGAGCCUGUUCAUCAUUGUGAUAUCACACACACACAAUAGGAAACUAUCAAAUGUCUGCAGAUUACAUUGUCAAUCAUGUAAAAAUAUAUAUAAUACGUGAUUUGAUUGGUUGUUUGAUUUUCUGUUAGUUUGUGAUAUAUAAUUUUAUA